AAACUGGUAUAUAUAUAAAGCCUGAUUCUCAUUCUCGGUUCACUGAAUUGGGGGCGCCGCAUGAGGCAUAUCUGCUUCUUCCAUUAUAUGAAUCUGCAGCACUCAUGAAUUUGAGAGGUGAUCUUGUUUAUAAGAGAAGGUCUGUCAAACCAGUAUUAACUGAUAGUGAUAGAAAAUUUCUCAUCGAAUUCAUCAUCACUACUUAUUUGGGACCUGAUGUCAAGUAUGAUGAUCCAAGAUGUUCUAUUAUCCAAAGACGAAUGGCUGGAUCCCCACAGUACACAUUGAGUGAUUUGGGAUCUUCAUAUGUUACCAUUUCUUUCUUGGAGAGAUUGUAUUACUAUGUCCUCCGACAUUGUCGUCGUGAACAUGUCUUAGAUCUCAAUAUGUUCCAUAUGUAUCUGAAGGGAAAAUUAAUUUUGCCGUCUCCUGAUUUUUCAACAGAUAGCAAGCAGUUCACCAGUUUUUUCCCUUUGGAUCUUCAUGAACAGAAAUGGUACCCUGAUAGUUUCAGAAUUGUUAAAGGGAUUGUUUUAAUUGAUGAUCCUUCCAUAGAAUGCAUCAAAGAGGAUGAUUUAAAUAGAUUCAAGUCUUUGACCGGUGUCAGCACUCUCGAGGUAAAUCUUAGUGAAUGUUUGGAAAAUGAAGUUGGUCACAAUUGUAAGAAAAAAAGACAGGAGAAUAUUCAAAAUAUGGAAUGUCAAUCAGAAGAAUUUCAAGAAGGACACAAGAGAAAGCAUAUUGAUGAUACACAGCCAAUGCCAGACCCUAUGUUCCCUACAAAACACAAUGUCAAGGUUCCUCUUUCCAAUAACACAUGCAAAUCUAAUGGGCCAACAUUCAUGCCCCUUCUAUCUGUUUCUGAUACUGCAGCCUGGAAUCAGGAUUGUUCUCUUGUUUUAACAGGGACAGCAAGAAAAGGAAUGUUUGGUCCAUCUGUUGGUAUUGUGGAUAUUGGUAUUGGUGAGAUGGCAUAUCUAUUUCGCAUUUCCUUACCAGGAGUUCAGAAAAAUUGUGCAGGUAAGUUUAGUUGUGAUGUUCAAUCUAAUGGGAGGGUUCUGAUCAAAGGGGUGGUAACUGGUGGAGAAACAAUAAGAAAACAAGCACGAGUUUUUCAGAUGAAAAUUCGGAAGUUAUGUCCACCUGGGCCAUUCACACUUUCAUUCAGUCUUCCGGGACCUGUUGAUCCAAGACUCUUCGCAGCUAACUUCAGGGCUGAUGGACUUUUGGAAGGAAUUGCAAUCAAGCAGUAGUUAAGGGGCAAGAGUUGGGAAUCAAGCUUUUUUUAAGGCCACAACCCAGAUAUGUCUCUUUCAGAGAAUUGUUAAUGACUUAAUUUUUUUCCGUAACUGUUAAGUAGAAUGUUCUAGUUUCUUUUUUUGUGGUUCACUGGAAAUGAUCUUGUUAGAAAGCGAAUUGAGCACCAGAAGUAGGUAUAAUAACUGAUUCAGUUUCUUCUAUCCUCCA